AUGCGGUAUAGUGAAAGACUCCUAAGUCUGGCCCUGCAGUCACCAGAAAAGGAAGGCAAGAUUCUGCACCGGAUGUCAGGCACCAAGGGAAGACUUGUGGAAGGAUACAAGGACAGACUCAUCAGACUCAAGGCCAACUUUCUCUUCUUAUUCAAGACAAAUGAACAAGGCCAGAUUCUGGAGCCUGUAGGAGCUGUGUUGCUGGAGAGAUGUAAAAUUCAGCCAGAACCAAAAGCAGACAAGGCCAAUGUUUUUUCUAUAGCUCUACAGGACGACCCGGAAUGCAAGUAUUACUUUGCCUGCAGAUCUCUUGAUGAGUGCAACGACUGGUUAACUGCAUUGAAAAAUGCCAGUUAUGAGAACAUGAGGUCCAACAUCCUGCUGCUCCAGAACAAGUUAUCAAGACACACAGGGCAGCAAAGACUCCAGCAUGGCCACAUGUCAGCAGCUAGACAAUAAGAUCUUAGUUGUUCUCUUAUCAUUCAUUCUUCAGCUCUCCCAACACAUAAGCCUGGUGUUCAUCCUAUAUUAUAUUCGAGCUCCAGUUUACCACAUCGUAUUUCUGCUAGCACUUUCAAGCACAUUAACAAAUUAAACACCAGUUUUCUAUGGAUUGUCCAACUGGUGAUGUACAUGAUUAAGACUUUGAAACAUGAGGCAGUCAUAGAAUUUCUGAUCAACAUUGAAUAAAUAGUGUUUCUAACCAA